CGAUCAUGGGCUCUUCUUCUAGAAAUCUCUAUGCAGGAAUUGGAGAAGGUCAAUCAACUUCUAGGCCACCACUCUUUGAUGGCACCAACUACUCUUGUUGGAAGGAACGGAUGAGAAUCUACAUUCGUUCCACCAACUUCUAAUUGUGGUUGGUGAUCAAAAAUGGCGAGGAAAUCCCUAUGAAGAAAGUGGGAGAAACCACGGUCCCAAAGACCGAAAACGAAUUUGAUGCCGAGGACAUCAAGAAGAUUGAAAACUAUGCAAAGGCCAUCAAUAUGCUAUAUUGCGCGGUCAACCCCGAUGACUACCGAAAGAUCUCCUGUUGCACAACCGCCAAGGAUAUGUGGGACAAGCUUGAAGUGACGUACAAAGGUACCAAUCAAGUUCGCGAAGCCAAGAUCGAUUUUCUCACCCAAAAGUACGAAAUGUUCCGGAUGAAAGAAGGUGAGAAAAUUGAUGACAUGUUCGACCGUUUUUCAAAGAUCAUCAACGACCUUCAUGCUCUCAAAAAGACUUACACCAACAAGGAUCUCGUGAGGAAAAUCGUGCGAAGCCUCACACCCGAAUGGAGGUCAAAAGCCGAUGCAAUCUAUGAAUCCAUUGGAGUCUCCAACGUCACCAUCGACGGGCUAAGAGGUAACCUUAAGACCUAUGAAUCUACUAUUCUAACCCCGUCUUUGGAUGAACAAAAGAAAAAGGGGAUAGCUCUCAAUGCCACCAAGGAACCGGUGAAAGAGGCUUCAAGCGAUGACGACAAUGAAUUCGGGCUCGUCAUCAAGAAGUUCCACAAGUUCAUGAAGAAGGAAUUUGAGCGGAAGGGAAGGAAGCACGACGGUCCUCCCAAGUGCUACGGCUGUGGCGAGAUUGGCCACAUCAAGCCAAGGUGUCCAAAGGCCAAACACGGCAAGGAUAAGCCUGGCUUCAAGAAGAAAAGGGCCUACAUCUCUUGAGGUGGCGAUUCCGGCGACGAAUCAACCGACCAAGAGGAGGACGAAGCUGCAAAUCUCUGCCUCAUGGCGCACGAAGAUCAAAGCGACGACGUCCAAGAGGUAUGUAAUAUUUCUUCCGACUCUUACACUUUUGAAGAAAUGCAAGAAGCACUACAUGAACUUUAUGAGGAAUUUGUUAGCGCUUCUAAAACAAAUAAAUCCCUGAAGAAACGACUUUCUUUACU